UCAGACUGAAGAGAGAGAGAGAGAGAGAGAGAGAGAGAGGAAGUGCUUCUGUGCGAGAAAGAAAGAAAGUAAGAAAGAAAACACCAGAAACCCUAGCUUUCUCUCUUGAAGCUCUACUCUCUCACUAGCCUCUUAGUUCCACCACCUCCGAAAUGCACAAAUUGGGUAGGGGUCACCGUGACAAAGUGCAGCAGUUCAUAGCUAUAACUGGAGCAAGUGAAAAAGUUGCGUUGCAGGCUUUGAAGGCCAGUGACUGGCAUCUUGAAGGAGCGUUUGAUUUAUUCUACAGCCACCCCCAGUUUAAAUCAUUUACUGAUUCUAGACACUUAGAGGAGCUUUACAAAAGAUAUAAAGAUCCAUAUGUUGAUAUGAUUCUAGCUGAUGGGAUUACUCUCCUUUGUAAUGACCUUCAGGUUGAUCCUCAAGAUAUUGUCAUGUUAGUUGUUUCGUGGCAUAUGAAGGCUGCAACUAUGUGUGAAUUUUCCAAGCAGGAGUUUAUUGGGGGAUUACAAGCACUAGGGAUAGAUACUCUUGAAAAGUUUUGUGAAAGAAUACCAUUUAUGCGCUCUGAGCUGAAAGAUGAACAAAAGUUUCGCGAGAUAUACAACUUUGCCUUUGCCUGGGCAAAAGAAAAGGGUCAAAAGUCUUUGGCAUUGGAUACUGCAAUUGGGAUGUGGCAGUUAUUAUUUGCUGAAAAGCACUGGCCGCUGGUGGAACAUUGGUGCCAGUUUCUACAGGCUCGGCAUAAUAAAGCUAUUUCGAGGGACACAUGGUCUCAGCUGUUGGAGUUUGCAAGAACAGUGGAGCCUUCGCUUUCGAAUUACGAUGCAGAAGGCGCGUGGCCAUACCUCAUUGAUGAAUUUGUGGAGUACUUGCAAGAAAAUGGUGUAAUGCAAAAUGACCAGACGACAGAUUGGAGCCUAAAGCGAUGAUGGAACACACUAGUGCUGGAUCGAUGGAGUAGCUGUGUCUGCUCAUUUUUCGUUAGUGUGAAUUAUGCUUAUGCUAUCCUGUUAAUGUUAUCGGAAUCAUCUGUUUGGCAAAAUAAGACCAAAAUGGAAAAAGGAAUAGGAAAAAGAAGCUUGAUUCGAAAGCAUGGCUUCUAUUGUAAUGACAAUGGUUAAUGAUAUUAUUAUUAUUAGUCGAUGGGAUUCUUGGUUUGGGAAAUACUAUCUUAUCUUAAGUUUAAAUAAAUGACCCUCGGUGCUUAUGAUUUGAUCGACGUUA